CCCCCCCCCACAAACACACACACACAAGGAUUUUUAGCAUUGAUAAUGAAGAGAAACAUUAUUUCGUGGAUACAGAUAUGUUAAAAUAAUACACGUGUAAAUUUAUUUAAUAAAUAUUUAUUUGCAUUUAAUGCAAACUUUUUGAAUUUAUUAUUUAUUUAGUGUGCUGUAAUUUUCAACCUCGUAUAAUUUGAUAACAUCAAUUCGCCUUAAAGUUGCUCUAACAUUAUAAAAAGUUGCGACCGGCCUGCUAUUCAUUAGAAGGCUAAUUUUGAAAACUUUGUCUGAGCUAUUUUCUUUAGCAUGUAUAUAAUGAAAUGGGAACGACAGUUUAUAUCCAUUGCCUAUUUACUUAUUUAUUUUGUAACUAGUGGUAGCUUGUAGAUAAAUCAACGGGUUCGCAUUUUGUGUUUCCUUAGCACAACAUUUUUCUAACGCACAAACAAACACGAAAAAGUAUGCAAUGUUGUAAAUUAAACUGAAAGGGUCAACAAAGAAAGAAAAUUGCGUAUAUUUAAAUAUGAGGUUUAUAUUUUAACUUCGAAGCAUCCCUUUCUUGACAACUCCAUGCAUAGCUUGUAAUUGAGAAACCAUGUUAUUUUCUAAUUAGAUUUUAAUUUUCACUUCACUGGUUUUUAAAAUAAACACCGCCUUCCAGCAAACGCCACACUCAUACGUUUCAGAAUAAAAAAAAAGUUCUUUCCUCUUUAAAUAAAUUAAUUAGGUUUAUUGCACACAUUUGUAUAUAUUUAUCUUGCAGUAUAUUUCCAUUGUUGAUAUUUGACAUUAUGAUGUUUCAAAAAAAGUAUUUUCAACAUAGCAUAAUGUGAAAAGCAUGUUGUAAAUAAGGUUUGACCUAACAGAACACAGUUCCUCCAACGUUUUUCCGUUUUAGCUUGUUACAUUGAUACAGCGCGAAGGUCCAAAGCCCUAUGUGCAAAGUUGUUACUCUUUAAACUCAACAGUUUUUAACCUUAGUUGCUUUCUUAAGGUUGUGUUGGUUUCCAUGUACAUGAUGUCACUCUCUGAACAGUCAGUAAUUGUCAGAAAUUUCCAAUAUAUCAGAAAAAUGUCUGGGUACAAUGAGGAUUAUCAAAAAAAAAGGAAUAUCAGUAAUUUCUUUAAUAUGCCAGGAAAUUGUCAGGACUGUUUCAGAACUGUUCUCAAAGAACUGUGAAUGAAUUUUUUAUAGUUUUUAUCAAUGUAAUUACAUUUAAUUUUUUUAGGACAAUCCAAGGUGGAAACAGUGGAUAAGUCUAGUUUUGGCUGUUGACUGAAAACAUCUACUACACCAGGAAAUUGCCAGAAAUUUUCGUCAAAACGUCAAAAAGAUAAAGAGUUAAUAUAUUUGUGAUUCGAUGACAUCACUUCGUCUAUUGGCGGUGAGCCGUGUAUGACAACAAAACCAUCAUCGUCAAUCAAGUUGUUCUUGUACGUUAGAAGUUUAGAAUUGGAAAAAUUUAGAAAACAUGACAAAAAGCGAAACAAAAGAACAACCAAGCAAGCAAACAUGCAAACAAACAAACCAAUUUUCAUUAUGUGUAUUGUAGCUAAGAAUUUGUGUCGUAUAAUUUAUUGUGUUUUAUCUGGACAACUUUGUAUUAACAUUAACUUCUUAAAAAAUAUAAAGUUUAUGUUUUUAUUUAAUUUUUUCACUCAUAUUUGGUUUUGCUUUCUUUCUGCAUAUUCUUUUGAAAUAAGUUCUCAUGCGCAGAGGAAAACCUUGCAUGCAAAAAGCUUUUGUUUGAAGUGAUCGGAAUGUUUGAUAAGUGUUCAAGCAUGCGGAAAGUUUGACGACCUUUUAAAAAUCCUAAUCUUUAAAUGUCAAAGGCUGGGUUUAUUUUUGGCUAGUUUUUCUUCCUCUUUUGACACCCCAUGUUCUAAUUAGUUUUAUAACCAAUUUGGUUUGGAUUUUAUACCAUCCUCCUAAAAUACAAAAUUUGCAAACAAGCAAGUGUAUGUUUAGUCCUGUCCAAACUUUUUAGUAUGGAUUACUGCGCAAGUUGUAAAAUGGUAAGAUUCCUGUUAUGGCUUUGUUAAAUUUCCCACAAUAUACUGCAAACUAAUUUGCCCGAAAACAUAGUAUUGUUUGCAAGCCUUGUAGUUAUUUAACGAUAAUGGCGAUUGCAUUACAAGUAUGUUCCUAAAAAUGUUGAAAACGAAUUAUUAUCAAAGCUAAGGAAGCUGAUAUACGAACUUUCUUCAAACGAACAAUAAUAUUAUGAACUCUUGAUUGCGUUUAUAUUGAUUUUUUCUAGGGAAGAAAUCGUUUUAACUAAAACUAUUAUCUCAUUUUUUUCUG